AUGAACGGCGACGGCUAUUCUCGCGGCUUUUGGGAAGAAGGACGAGGAAAGGGAUCUCGCGACUACCCGAGAGAUCGCGACGAUAGACGCGGUGAUCGAGACAGACACCGAGACCGAAGGCGCUCCCGUUCGCCCUACGAUCGAAGCUCGAGGCGUCGCGACGACGAGGACAGCUAUGCGACCAGCCGCAGCCAUCGCGAGCGCGAGCGAGAGGACAGAUACUCUGGCCGCGAGAGACGCGGAGGCGACCGAGAAUGGGAUCGCGACCGUGCAUCAUCAAGACGCGAUGCCAGAAGAGAGGACGAUGACCGCCCGCGAAGAGACCGCGAUCCGUACGAUGACCGACGCCGAGGCGGACGAGACAGAAACGAGGAUGCCAGCUUUGGCCGACGCGAACGCCAGCGGAGCGCGACGCCGCCCCCAAAGAAGAGGGAACCCACGCCUGACCUGACCAACGUCACGUCAGUCCUGGAGCGCAAGCGACGUUUGACCCAGUGGGACAUCAAGCCCCCCGGUUAUGAGAAUGUCACUGCUGAACAAGCCAAGCUGUCAGGCAUGUUCCCUCUGCCCGGUGCUCCCCGCCAGCAACCCAUGGAUCCGAGCAAGCUCCAGGCCAUCAUGAACCAGCCAGGUGGCCAGGUUAAUAGUGCUGCGCUGAAGCCUAGCAACUCGCGCCAGGCUAAGCGACUGCUCAUCAACAAUCUUCCUCCUUCUGCGACCGAGGAAAGCAUCCAGAACUUCUUCAACUUGCAGCUGAACGGACUGAAUAUUAUUGAGAGCACCGAUCCCUGCACUAGCUGUCAGCUUUCGAAGGAUCACUCGUUUGCUGUAGUCGAGUUCAGAAACGCAUCCGAAGCCACCGUGGCGCUGGCCCUUGACGGAAUUUCAAUGGAGGCCGACGACGCCACAAACGGAGAGGCAGCCGACCAGGGGCUGGUGAUCCGCCGGCCAAAGGAUUACAUUGUUCCGGCUGUGGUCGACGAUGUCCCCUACGAGCCGGGUGUCGUGUCCAACGUCGUGAUUGAUACGCCAAACAAGAUCAGCAUUGCCAACAUGCCCUCUUAUCUCUCUGACGAGCAGGUCUCAGAGCUUCUGGUGUCUUUUGGUGAGCUCAAGGCAUUUGUCCUUGUCCGUGACAGAAGCACGGAGGAGUCUCGGGGCAUUGCGUUCUGCGAGUACGUUGAUCCCGCAGCCACGGAUGUUGCCAUUCAGGGCCUCAACGGUAUGGACCUUGGCGAUAAGAAGCUUAGGGUUCAGAAGGCCAGCGUGGGUGUCACACAGGUAGCUGGAGUGGAGAUGGGUGUCGCCGCCAUGUCUAUGCUGGCGGGAACGACUUCAACGGACUCCGAGGAGACCCGCGUCUUGCAGCUUCUCAACAUGGUGACGCCCGAGGAGCUGAUGGACAAUGACGAUUAUGAAGAAAUCAAGGAAGACGUCCAGGAAGAAUGCUCCAAGUUUGGCACCGUUCUUGACAUCAAGAUUCCUCGGCCAGUCGGAGGAAGCAGACAGUCUGCUGGUGUGGGCAAGAUCUUUGUCAAGUUCGAAACGAAAGAGUCGGCCAAGAAAGCGCUUCAAGCGCUUGCGGGACGCAAGUUUGCGGAUAGAACCGUCGUCACGACCUAUUUCCCAGAGGUGAAUUCCCUUGAUUCUCCUCUUUCCAUCCACAGCUCGCUAAUCAUUUUGCAGGAGAACUUCGAGGUCGGCGCCUGGUAA